AUGGUGAAGGUUCUGUGCGUGCUCUACGAAGAUCCUGCCGGAGGCUAUCCGAGCACCUACUCUCGCGACGACAUCCCGGUGAUCAAGUCGUAUCCAGGGGGCCAGAGCACCCCGACGCCCUCUGGUGUAGACUUCGCACCCGGACAGCUUCUGGGAUCAGUUUCAGGAGCACUGGGUCUCACUCCCUUCCUGGCAGCAGCCGGCCACGAGUUCGUUGUCACGUCGUCCAAAGAUGGCCCAGACUCUGUCUUCGAAAGAGAGCUUCCUGAUGCCGAUGUGGCGGGCCUCUCAACCCCAACCUCGAAACGGGUGAGCGUCGAUUGUGCGAGUGCCAUCUUCCGGCCUUGCUGCUCUUUUGCUGGUCAUGCGGCCGCGGACGGCGACGGAAGGAACCUGGAAAGAGGGAAAAGCAGCGGAUUGAAGCAAGGGCCAAGCCAGGAGGUAAUCUCACAGCCCUUCUGGCCUGCGUACAUGAGCGCCGAGCGCUUUGAGAAGGCCAAGAACUUGAAGCUCUGCAUCACCGCCGGUAUUGGCUCAGACCACGUUGACCUGCAGGCAGCUUGCAAUCAUGGCGUCACCGUGGCAGAGGUAACGUUCUGCAAUUCCAUCUCCGUCGCAGAGCAUGUGGUGAUGCUCAUCCUGAACCUCGUCCGCAACUUUGUGCCUUCGCACGACAUCGCCGAGGCUGGAGGCUGGCACAUCGCGGACUGCGUCGCCAAAGCCUACGACGUGGAAGGCAUGCACGUCGGCACUGUGGCUGCUGGAAGGAUUGGCUUGGCGGUGCUGCGAAGGCUCAAGGCUUUCGAAACAGUCCUCCACUACUACGACAAGCAUCGGCUGCCCGAAAGUGUCGAGCAGGAGCUGAACUUGAUCUACCAUGACUCUGUGCAGUCACUGGUCAAGGCUUGCGACGUGGUCACUAUCAAUUGCCCUCUUCAUCCGGAGACAGAGAACCUUUUCAACGAAGAGAUGAUCUACUCGAUGAAGCGCGGGGCAUAUCUGAUCAAUACAGCUCGUGGAAAGAUCUGCGAUGCAGAGGCAGUCAAGAAGGCAUGCGAGGAAGGCCACUUGGCCGGCUACGCUGGCGACGUUUGGUUCCCACAGCCGGCGCCGGCGGACCACCCAUGGCGCGGGAUGAAGGCCAAUGCAAUGACACCCCACGUCUCCGGAACGACACUCUCCGCCCAGGCGCGCUACGCUGCCGGUGUACGCGAAAUCCUGGAAUGUUUCUUCGAUGAGAGGCCAAUCCGCGACGAGUACCUGAUCGUGCACAAGGGACAGCUUGCAGGAACGGGAAAGCACAGUUACACCGAAGGCAACACGACGAAGGGCUCCGAGGACGUUGCGAAGUUCAAGGGCCUCGAGGAUGUCAACACCCGCCCUGCCAAGCUGCAACGGGUGUCUACUGGUGGCUGCUGA